GAGAUUCCUGGGAUGGGGUGGUGGUGGUCGUGAUUCUAAUAUGUCCUGAAGCUCACAGGCGGUAGUCCCGCGGGCAAUCAUGACGCACGGGCCCCAACAGGAAAAUCCUGAUUCCCGCACUGGCCCUCCCUGCCCCCAUGGCCCUUCUAUCAGGCAAUUCAAAGUCUCCGGGCGGAGAGUUACUGAUUAACCCUAGGUUUCAAGGAAAGAAAUAAUAAUAACUGAAGGGACAACGUGAGCCAAGAAACAAGCUGAGCAGCCCUGGGAGAGUGGUGGCAGACAGCUCAAGACUAGAAGGAGGAGAAGGAGACUCGAGCCAGCCAGCCUGCGGCCAGACAGCCGUCGGGUCCCAGCAACACCCACCGAUUUCUGCCUGUCGAUGCCCAGGCGGUGAGUUGCCACGUCCUGGGGGCUCCGGGUGCCCAGAAUGGCCUGCCCCAAGAUCCCGCAGCAGCCCCAGCUGGUCUGCCAAAAAGCCACCCCCUCCGACCCCGCGGGCUGCAAUGGAGGUCCUGGCGGCCCCACAGAGGGUGACCUGGAGUGCCUGGUGUGCCGGGAGCCCUACAGCGGCGUCCGGCCGCCCAAGUUGCUGGGCUGCCAGCACGCCUUCUGCGCCGUCUGCCUGAAGCUGCUGCUGUGCGUGCAGGACGAUGCCUGGUCCAUCCCCUGCCCUCUGUGCCGCAAGGUCACGACCGUCCCCGGGGGCCUCGUCUGCACCCUGCGCGACCAGGAGAACGUGCUGGCACGGCUAGCCCGGCCGGGCCUGGAGGUGCCGCUCGGCCCUCAGGGGCUGGCGAACCCUGCCGCUCUGACAGCAGGGCAGCCCAGCACUGCCGGAGAGGAGGAGCAGGACGCGGUGAGCCCCAACCGCGCGGCGGCCCGUCGCCUGGCCGCGCACCUGCUCCUGCUGGUCCUGCUCAUCGUCCUCAUCCUGCCCUUCAUCUACCCCGGCGUCAUCCGGUGGGUGCUCAGCUUCCUCGUCACCCUGGCCCUGCUGCUGGCUCUGCUCUUCUGCUCUCACCCCGGCCAGCAGGGCGGCUGCGUGCCCACCCCCAGGACUCUCUUCUGCAGAGAGCGGAAACCCAGCGAGAUCGCCUCCAUCUCCUGAGCGAGCUCUGACCGGGCGGAGUCGGGGGUCCCUUCUGCCGCUGCGGCCCGCUUACCAUCACAGUGAACAGAGGAAGCGGUUAUGCAGCGGACCGGCUCCCUUGGGAGAGUAACUGCCCGCUGGACUUGCCAGCCAAAGCCAGAACGGCUGUCUUGGGUCAAGAACUGUGCUUUUGGACAAUAGACUCACCCCUGCCGCGGAUAUAGCAUAGCUAUUAAUAAACUCUUUGGGGCUGGGGAAGGAACUACUUGAACGCGACAAAGGAAGGGGGUCUCCUGCUCCUUUUAGUCCAAUGCCCCUGACUUUUCUUUCUAUACCUGGAUGAGAGUAUUGCAAACAUUAUUGGUAUUGUAGAACAAAUAGAACUGGAACUCUUUUUUUUUUUUUUUUUUUUGCAAUUUCUCUGAGUUUUUUCUGUCUUUCUUUCGGUUUGAUUUUGUGUGUUUGGGAGUUUGUUUCUGUUUCAGGCUGUGCCAUAUCUUCCCUCCUGGGAACUCAGAGCCCACAGGAAGUCCUCCUGUGCUCUCCCUGAUGCUGUCUGUCUGAUGCCCAUCUCACCUCUCCAAAGGUCCUGGUGGCUCAGGUCUCCCACUGACCUGCUCCCAGGGAUGGAGAGGGAGAAAUUGUGCAGAGCAGUGAUAGUCCUGCUGCGGCCGGGGGAUGCCCACAUUUGGCUGGCUGAGUUGGGGAGGAGUGGGGAGGACCCUGGUGGGUCUGGGAAUUGCUCCCAGCAGCUCCACCAGGAUUUCUCAGCUGCAUGUCAUCAGGCCCUAACACAACAGAGAAUCUCAGGGUUACAAGGACUCCCCUCCAACGGUGGGUCCAGCUGCCCAUCUGAGGCACUCAAUCCCACACUCUCGAACCAAAGCUUUACAGUUGUUAUUUUCUUUCUUAUUGCAUCCCGAUGCCCAGUUGAGAUUUUGUCGUAAAGAUAAGAGGCCCCAUAAAUACAACAGUCCUCUCCAAUAACCCCGUCUUUCCCACCUCACCCAGGGAGCCACAGUCAUCUGAAAGGCUCUCGCGUCUUCUCUUGGCCAUUUCUGCUCCGUAACAGAGAGGAGACUUCUGCGGGAGGGAAUGACCUUCCAUGGCUUCCGGAAUCGGGCACCAGCCAGGGGGACCCGUCGGGGUGCAGGGGGGUGAAAGAUGGGAGACGUCGCAUGAGAUCCUUCCAAAGACCCCAUAGUUGAGAGGCAGACUUGAAACCUCAGAAAGGCGUGUUGAGUCCAAUCCAUCAUCCCUCCCGGGCCCUCUUUCCUGACAGUUGCUGCAUUUGUGUUCUUGAACUGGGCCUUCUGGCUCUCUGAGCUUCAUUUCCCCCAAAACGAGCUAGUAGGACUGGGUUAUUCCUAAGUCUCCUGAAAUCCAGAAGCUGAGGGCACUGCUGGGCUCCCGAACAAUGAACAAGGGCCACAGCCUCUCUGGAGUCACAUACAGAAAAGUCAGGGUGUAAGUCUGUAUGCAAUUAGCUCUUGCAAUCUGCAAACAAAAUCUUCCUUUUUUCUUAUAAGGUUCUUUCAGGGCAACUCUGUGACACCCACGCUAUUGGCUUUGUUAACUGGGAGGUACUGGGAGGGGGCAUGAGUGAGGGUGUGUGGGUGUCCUCAUCCUUUUAAGCCAAGGCCAAGUGGGCCUGGAGAACACCUUGUCUCCCCAGGAUGAAUAAAUGACAAGAAUUGUUCGGCAUUUCCAGAACUGGCCUGGGGCAUGUGCAGUUUGGGAGGGUAGCCAGUAGGUUAGGGAAAGAACAUUCUUUCCUCAUUCACCUCUACUCCCAUUCCACCUUGAUCUUGGACCCUCCACCAAGGUUUCCAUCGCUAAUAACAACACCAUUUCUACCAAAGUAAUGGUGGGCUCAUGUUUACUGAGUGCUUACCAUGUGCCAAGCACUACAUUAACUGCUCUGUGUCCAUUAUCUAGUUGAAUCUUCAUGACAACUUUGUGAAGGAGAGACCACCAUGCCGAAGAGAAGACUGAGGAUCAGAGAAGUCAAUUCAUCUGCCUAAGGUUGCCCAGCCUGGGUUCACUCCCUGGUCAGGGAGCUAAUACCCACGUGCCACAAAUAAG